CCGUCUCCCCCCACCCCCACGAGAAACCCCAUGGCGGAGUCUCCUCAGGAUGACUAAAAGGCCCUCGCCCAAACCCCUCCUCCCCCUCGUCUCCCCCCUCCCCCGCCUACGCCACCUCGCCGCACUCUCCGGCUGCCUCGCCUGGCUGAGAUUAUUCCGCUCCGCGGGUCACAUGGUCGGCGAUCUCGCGGCUGAGCGGACAACCGUCGUCGCCAAGAUCCGGAGGGUGCGAUGGGCCUCCUUCCUCCUUGGUUCUUGGAAUAUUGGCGUGGUCCUCCUUGGGUGUUUCUUGAUGGUUUAUCUCCUCUCCGGUUGCUCCGCCGAGGAAAAGCUGCCGUUUGCCGCGUCAACCAUGAUCGCCGGCAUUAGGGUCGUCGCCAUGGUCGGCGCUGGCAAGGCACAGCAAGAGACGGCCGAGAUAAUCGUUAGUUGUCCUACUGACUCCGCAACCGUCGAUGCGGUUGUCCGCAAUGACAGACGGUUGAGGUACAAAAGAUGGCUUUGCUGGACCAGAUUUGGAAUGGUGGUCACAGUGCUUCAAUUUCUUGGAGCCAUCUACCUAAUGUUCAUUGUAUUGACUGAUAUAUCUUAUGGUGGAAGAUCUACAUCCUGCUUUUUAGGACAGGAUGCUGUCAAUCAAGCAUGGAAGAAAACUUUAGUUGUUUCCUUUCUUCUACUGGUGUGGCUUGUGAUCCUCAUACAGUGCUUUACGGGAUCUGAUGUUUUGAGAUGGAGAUCGUUUUAUUCAACGCAUGAUACUGCCUGGAAAGCACACUACCGGGAGGUAUUUGAUCAUGGAAUUCGGGAAGCUUUGUGCUGCGUAGGACGUGUGAAGUACUUGAGUGUUUUGGAAGAAGAUGAGGUUUACUCUGUUGCAAGGCUCUUAGGUGAUCUUGUGGCAUAUCGAGCAUCAGGAACUGGACAUCUUGAACUUUUGAUAGGACUUGCUCUAUUGCAAAGCCACAAACAAAUGCAAAAUUUGCAUGAUGAGCUUCUGGAUGCACCUGAUAUACUUGUUCAAAAGGCAGCAUUCUUCCAUCAGUUCGCUGAAGCCGCUUACACAGGACCGCUGCUUGAUUUUGGUCGAAACCCCAUCUUGUUUCCCUGUGCGUGGCUUUAUAGACAAGGAUUUUUGACUCCCUGGGCUCGUGACAGGCGACCUUUACUUGAAGGUGAUAACUGGUGGCGUGGACAUGCAGCAGCCUUCCUUAAAUUUGUCAAUCUACCACCUAAAGCUCUUCAUAAGGGUCGAGUUAGUCAAACAAAGCGGGAGGCUGCUUACUUUGUUGUGGUUCUGCAUGAUAAAAAGACCAUAGUAAUUGCUAUACGUGGAACUGAGACGCCUGAAGAUCUCAUAACUGAUGGUUUAUGCAGGGAGUGCGCCCUAACUGUGGAGGAUUUGGACGGUCUGAUAAAUAGUGAACAUUUACCUUCAGCUAAGAGACAAAAAGUUCUUUCUUCUUUCCCACAUUAUGGACAUGCAGGGAUUGUUGAGUCUGCCAGGGAACUUUUCAUGCAAAUUGAUGGCGAACAUGGAGACAAAGAUGCCUCACCAUCUGAAAUAUCUGGAUUUCUGGCGUCGUUGUUGGGACCUGGAUCUGAAUGUCAUGGAUAUGAAGUUAAUAUUGUGGGGCAUUCUUUAGGUGGUGCUAUUGCAACACUUUUAGGACUAAGGUUGUAUCGAUGGUACCCGAACUUACAUGUCUAUGCUUAUGGAACUCUUCCUUGUGUGGAUUUUGUCAUAGCUGAAGCAUGCACAGACUUUGUUACUACCAUUGUUUACAAUGAUGAAUUCUCUGCACGCCUUUCAGUCAACUCAAUCCUCAGGCUUCGUUCUGCUGCAACUAACGCUCUUUCAGAUGAUUCUUUGGCUGAUUCAGCUAUAAUACAAAAGUUUGCUCGAAGAAUCCUUCAUGUUAACAAGUACCUCGAGGAUGGGCAGAACCAUAAUGUUUCUGCCUCAUCCGUGAGACCGUCUUUGGCAGCUACUGAAAAGAAUCAUGUUUCUAAAAGGAGGCCAUUCAAACCAAUCACAGUGAGUGCCCAAAUGAAUCAGGAUCUUUAUCUGGAGGAUUCUUCUUUGUUUGAUGCUGAUGCUUCAGAGACACAGGUUUUGGUAGACUGUGAUGUCUGGAGAGCAAAUUCCUGCAGAACUGUCAGUUCCAAGGACACAUGCUUAAUCAUGGAUCGGAUGACCCAAUUUAUGGGGGACCAACCAUCAUCUACGCAGGUACCAGUAGAACCACCAGAAAUGUUUCUGCCAGGCUGCAUUGUUCAUAUAGUACGAGAACCGAAAAGUAUUUUGCCUUUCUGGAAAAGUUGGAAACUUUUUGAGGGAGACCAUAAUUAUAGAGCUUUUCUGCCAACGAGGGAAAGCUUCAGAGAUAUCAAAGUUACAUCUCAUAUGUUCAUUGAUCAUCUCCCUUGGAGGUGUCAUUAUGCGAUCCAAAGAGUAUUAGAAGAACGCGAGUCUCAAGGCCGACAUUGUUCCAACUUAUUAGAUGCAAAAGAUAUAGCCAAUCUCAAUUUACUGGAUUUGGUUUCAUAAGAUUGCAACAAAUAUAAUUUUGUGCAUGCUUACAUGAAACAUGCAUGUUGUAUCUGCUGGGCGAGUUUAUGGUCAAAUCAGCAAAUCCUUUUUCGUCACAUGAAUAUGCAAUUAAUGAAAUAAAAGAAUGAAUAUUGCACAUUGUACUUCUGUGAA